CAUCUCUAGUGCCCUUGAAUUUAACGCGCUUACAAUGAAAACAGAAAAAAAUCAACAAAAUGAAAGCAAUGAAAACAACAUAAAAGAUGAGAAUGAUGAUAGUGAUAGCGACGACGAUGACAACGGCGACAGCGAGGAUGUGUUCCACUUUGAAACAGAGCACCUGGCGUUGCGUGGCAAUCAAUGCUACAGCAAUCUUUUGCGCACCAUAGCCACGCUACAGGCGCAACGGAUCCGCGUCCACCAGCAAAUUGAGGAACUGGAGAAGGCGCGCGAUAACUACCUGGAGAAUCCGCAACUUCUGCUGGACAGGUUGCGCAACAACGAGCCUUUGAUAUCGCCCCAUUAUUUAACUACGCUUCGUCUACCUGAGUUGCCCACAUUAAUGGUAAAUUCAGAUGUUAAAAUCGAGGCGCCUGCGGUCAGCUCUCAACCGACUGAGGAGGACAAGAAUAGUAAAAAUGGCCAUAAGAAUCAGACUCGAUUGUGGACAAAUGAGGAGCAGCGCCGCCUGGAGCAGCUUCUCAUUGAAUAUCCGCCCGAAGAGGUGGAAAUGCGGCGAUUCAGUAAGAUCGCCAAAGCUCUGGUAAAUCGCACGCCUCAGCAGGUGUUCAGCCGGGUGCAAAAGUACUUUCAGAAACUUCAUGAUGCCGGCAUGCCAGUGCCUGGCCGUUUACCCAAGUAUCGUCGCUCGGGCGGCCCACCACGUCCGAAGUUCAGCGUGCGCCGCUCAACAUUUUUCCCGGCACAGAAUAUAGAGAUACAAAUGCCCGAAGACGAGUACACUUUGGAUGAUCUUGUGCCUGUCGCGCCAUCACCACCGCCACCAUCACAAAUAAAAGUUGAACCAAAGCAGGAACCCGAUACACUUGAAACGGAGACGCGUCGUCAAAAGUUGCUGCAGCUAAAAAUACUAACAGCCAUACGAGACGAAAAGCUGCAAACAGAGGAUGGCUACAGUCCAGAUCCAUUGGCACCCAAGUGCGCCGAAUGCGAGGAGUCAGCCGUGACGCGUAAGCGUUGGCAUUGCAACAGUUGCUAUUGUUAUCUCAAUUUAUGCGGCGACUGUCUGGCCCAUCAAUUGGUCACCGAACAGUUUGAGCACAUGAGCCAUGAUGUGGUCGAGGAGCCUGAGAUAUAAUGUCAAUCACCAUACUCUAUUUAUAGAUCAAGUUUGUAAAUAUGGGUUUAUGCAGUUGCUUAGAUAAGUAUUAAU